AUUUGUACCCAACCCCUAUGGUGCAAUAAUAAAAAAACGAAGGAAGUAUAUGAGUAUCUCACAAAUAAAGUUAAAAAAGGUAUACAAUUCUUUCCACAUCCAUUAUAAUCAACAAAUCCGUUGUAGUCUAGUUGGUCAGGAUACUCGGCUCUCACCCGAGAGACCCGGGUUCAAGUCCCGGCAACGGAAAAUCCUUUUUUCUUUCCUUCUUUUUUUUUUCUUUCCUAACUAUAAAAUUGGCGGGAACAUCAACCAAACGACAACACUCCCACUACUCAAUCUUCCCAACGAAGCUUACAUUUUCCAAUUUCCACAAAAUUAGGGUUUCCAAUUUUCCAUCCCCAAUUUCAUCGAAAGAGGAGAGAGAAAAUCAAAGCUCUAAAAAUGGAGAAAUUCAGAAGAAGAGCAACUAUUACUAACAGAGGAAUGGAAGAGAAUGCCAUGGCUAUUCUUGAAUCUUUUUGCGCGCAUGAUUCUUCUCAUGUUCAUGAUGAUCGUUUGGCGUUUCUGGAGGCGGUUCGUUUUGCUUCGAUUGUUCCUGAAAAUGGAACUCCUCCUACCAAUAAAAUGAUGGAGGCGAUUUUUGAGAUUAUGAGGGAAGCGAAGUCUUUGGAACUUGUAGUUGCUAGUUAUCAGCUUCUUUGUGAAUUAGAGAAGCACUUUCCUCGGGUUUAUUUAUCGAAUGAGGAUGUUAAGGAAGCGCCUUCUAGCAAAUCUGCUAAGCUAAUUGUAUUUGAAGAGGCUUGGUUGCCGUUUGCUGUUGGCUCUGACAUGGCUUCGAGUGACAGGAGUGUAGUGAGUAAAGGGUUUAAAGAACCUAUUAGUCCUUCUGGAUUUAAGCUUCUGUUAGAAAGUCUCAAUGAAGAGGCUGAAGGAAUAGAAUCAUCAGAAACAAAGUUAGAGCUCCUGGCGAAGAUGUAUAUGUUGCAAUACCUAAUCUAUAUUUUUGAGGCAGACUUUUUACCUCGUAACCGUGACUUUCUAGAGAACUCAAAUUGGAUUUCUCUUAAAGACUCCUUGCUUAACAAGUUUCUGGGGUCAAGGCGAAUUAAUUACAAAGACGUGGCAAAGGAUACCUUCUUUGUUCUAUGUAAUUUGUUCCUUGCUCGGACUCCAACAAACAGUAAUUCUGGAACUACCAAAAGCUCUUCAGAUGAUAUGCAUAACAAUAAUGAUUCAGCUUUAGCUCUUUCUUUACCGGAGGUAGAGAAGUGUACUCUUAAAGCUGUAGAGAAACUUCUUAAACUGAUGAUAAAUCUUGAUUUGUCAAAGAAGAAAGCAGAUGCGCAAAGCCUCACUACAAGAGCAGAUGGUGUAAGAACUCCUAUGGUUGAAUUGAUAAUGGAUGAACUCUUUUAUGACAAAGACCUGCUUUCUCCAUUUCUUCAGGCCUUUGAUGAUCCUAUAUUGAAGCUGGAAAUAGUUUCACAAUACAUUCAUAAGUACAAUGUCAAACCAUCUACUCGCAAGAGGAAGUUAGAUGACUCACAAGAUGAUACGGCAGUUAUUGGAUUCUUUAACUGCUUCUUGAAUAGCACCAGUACAAAAGCCAUUGUUAAGAAAGUUGGUGCUGAGGCAGUUCAAGUGAUGUUAGCUCAUGCUCUGCAGGCUUGCAUGUCAAUACCCAAGGAGCAACUUCAUGAAUUAGCAUCUGAUUCAAAAAAUGAUGCUAGACGUAGUCCACUGGUAAGCAUUUGCAACGAUAUCAUUUCAGCCUUCACCAAGCUCAGGGAAACAGAUGAGCACUUGCAAAUAUUACCUAUUGGUAAGGAAGCGCUAUUUACAGCUGCUAGUGUACUUUCUACCAAGUCAUAGGAGCUCUCAAAUCCUUCCAGAGUUCACCUUCUUUUACAAAUCUUGAAGGUAUCUGCAGGCCAGUUGCUCUUUAAAAUUUAACUUGCUCACGCUUGUGUUGCCUGUUCAUAACUUGCUUGUUUGCCCAUUUCUUUUGUUCCGAGUAGAACAUGCUUUUUCCUGGCCAUGCAAGGAAUGCGUGUUUGCCCAUUUCUUUUGUCGAUUUUGUCAACCAGAUUUUGGAAGUUACAGCAUUUAGCUAUCCUGUAGGGAGUUAGCUAGCUUAGGAAGGUGCUUGUAAAGAAUUUUCAUUUCUGGACUGCAGCUAGGUAGCACUUAAUAUGCUGCGACAUUAUAGUACUAGAUGAUGCUACUGUAUAUAAUGAAUUUGACUAAUCAUUGGUUUCCUUUGCUCUUUAGUAAGAUAUCUAAUUGUCAGCUAUUUUUUUC